GAUAUAUCGGAGUAUAAAUGUGAAAAUGACAAACCACCGAUGUACGUGCCCCACAAACCUGUCACAGGCGUUAUAGGAGCUUCCUUCAGCGUAGUCUCCAUCAUGGUAGCCAAUAUUCUGCGAUUAUUUAAGAUACCACAAAUAAGCUACGCGUCGACGAGCACAGAGCUGUCAGAUAAAAGUCGCUUCGAAUAUUUUAGCAGAGUAGUACCACCGGACAAUUUUCAAGCCCAAGCCAUGGUGGAAAUCAUUCAUCAACUCGGUUGGAAGUACGUUUCUACGGUCGCAGUUGAAGGUGAUUACGGAGAGAAGGGUAUUGCCAGUUUCAUCUCCUUGUCAAUGGAGUAUGGUGUAUGCGUGGCAGUUAGCGAGAAGAUUCUGAGAAACGCGAAAACCGAAGAUUUCGAUAAAAUUGUCGAACGACUGAGCUCAAAACACAAUGCCAGAGGUGUCGUUCUGUUCGUCGAUGAGGAUAACAUAAGAAAACUUCUGCAAGCAACCGUUAGAGCCAACCGUACUGGCCACUUUUUGUGGAUAGGGAGCGACUCGUGGGGUGCUAAAAUGUAUCCAGUGAGAGACCAAGAAUUCGCAGCAGAGGGUGCAAUCACGAUUUUACCUUACAGAACAUCUCUUCAAGAUUUCGAUAACUAUUACUCAAAUCUUCGACCAAGGGUGGCUGACGAAUGCGAGGAUCAAACUGAAAAUAACGUGCCGCACAAAAAGUUGCCUGGAAAAGUAGUGAACUGCCGAAAUAUUUGGUUUCGAGAAUUUUGGUCCCAACAUCACAAAUGCAGCUUCAAUGCCAAUUUGACGGCUGGUAUGACACCGUGCACUGGUACAGAGGAAUUAAUUAAUUAUGAGCAAGAAGGAUUGGUGCCAUUUGUCGUUGAUGCAGUUUAUGCGAUGGCACAUGGUGUUCACAAUUUGAUAGACGAAGAAUGCGUGAAUAAUGGCGAAAGUUAUCAUCAAUUGUGCGAAAAUCUUCGUCCAGCACCGGGUGGUCAGCAACUUCUUCAGCAUAUUCGAAACGUUAGCUUUAUCGGUCGCCAAGGUACUGAGAUUAAAUUUAAAUCCGAUGGUGAUGCGUAUGGAUUUUAUAACAUAUAUCAAUACCAAAGGAAAGAAGAACACCGUUUUGACUAUGUCCUUAUUGGCACAUGGAAAGAAGAGUUGAGCCUUGAUAUUAAUAUAACAAAGUGGGCAAAAGGAGCUGGAGAAUCACAUAUCCCUCGAAGUUUAUGCAGCGAUAAUUGUCCCCUAGGUCAUGUACGCAAUUUUCAGGAAGCCUGUUGUUGGAGUUGUAUGGCAUGCCGAGAAGACGCCUACGUUUUUAAUGACACUUGUCGUAACUGUAGCCUGGGAUAUGCUCCGGAUGAAACAAUGACAAGAUGCAUCAAACUUACAGCAGAAGUUAUUCCAUGGACUAGCCCUUGGGCAUUGGUACCAUUGAUAUUUGCCACUAUUGGCAUACUCAGUACUCUGUUUACAACCUUAGUCUUUAUUCGCUUCAACCGAACUCCAGUAAUCAUGGCAUCGGGGCGUGAGUUGUGUUACGUAUUGCUGAUAGGAAUUCUAUCGUGUUAUGGCAUGAGUUUCGUAAUACUGAGCAAGCCAACUACGUGGAAUUGCACAUAUCUGAGAAUUGGUCUCGGCUUAUGCUUAAGCAUUUGCUAUAGCGCUAUACUAACUAAAACGAAUCGGAUAUCACGCAUUUUCAACCAAGGGACAAAAAGAAUAAAAAGACCCUCUUAUACAUCACCGAAGAGCCAAGUUGUUAUCGCUAUCGGGAUCACUACAGUGCAAUUAGUUGGUGUUAUCGUCUGGCUAAACAUUGAUCCACCUGGCACCACGGAGAUCCAUCCAUAUCCAUUAUCAGCUGUGCUCACGUGCCGUGUUUCCACGUUCUCCUUGAUGAUGUCGCUCGUGUACAACAUGUUCCUGAUACUCAUGUGCACUCUCUAUGCGUUCAAAACACGUAAGAUACCGGAGAAUUUCAACGAAGCGAAAUACAUCGGUUUCACGAUGUAUUCAACAUGCAUUGUAUGGUUAGCUUUCGUACCCAUCUACUUUGGCUCAAACAAUGACUAUAAGGUACAGAUUGCAAGUAUGUGUAUGUGCAUCAAUAUUUCUGCGUCAGUAGCUCUCGGCUGUCUCUUCACGCCAAAAGUGUAUUUGGUGCUUUUUCAACCAUACAAGAAUGUUCGGCCUGCUAAUGUGGUUGCACUUCAAAGUAGUAACCGUGAAGCAUACAGCAUGCGAUUUUUUGCCGAUCGUAGUCAAACGAUGCAGAGCAUGACCUCCUGUUCUCGGAGCAGUCCACCGGUAUCACGUCCGAGCCAGGACGAGGUGAAACAUGCCAACGAGUGUCAGGCCAGAAUUCAGGAGACCACCGUGGAGAUAUAUGACGAUGAUGAAGAAGACCGAAAGCUAUCUACUAUCCAGGAAGUGUCAGAAUCAAGAGACAUUUCCAGCCCGUCGGUGUUCGCCGAAAAUUGCCGAAAUCGAAGUCGUAAGUCGAUUUCCAGCGAUUCUGAUCAGUCGGGCGAUCCAGUACGUAAAAAUCGCAUGGGAACAAUCAGUUGCAUCUCCGACAAAGUGAUGCCCUAUAAAACGGAAGCUAACAUUUUUCCCAGCGAGGAUCCAACUUUCCAUGUCUACAGCGAUUCGCCGACCUUCUCCGAUUUCUCAUCGUAA